AUGGACGUCACAAUUGCCAAAGUCAUCGCCAUCUUCAUUCUUCUCUUUAUUACGCUGCUGCUGGGCAUAAUUCCGUACUUCAUCAUUAAAAAGAAAUGGGGUGCCAACGCAACUGCUCGAAGGGAAAAGGUACUGAGUCUGAUGAAUUGCUUCGCAGGGGGCGUGUUUCUUGGCACGUGUCUGCUUCAUUUGAUGGUGGAGGGCAAGGAGGAUUUGGAACAGGGACUUACUAACGCCUACAACUUCACCGGCUUCCCGAUGUUCGAGACGCUCACUGGUGCCGGAUUUUUCCUCAUCGCCGGAGUGGAACAGUUAGCCAUGCUGUUUAUGACGGGAGUGGUUGUGACGUCACUUCCGUUGAGCCGGGCAAAACGUGAACCGUACAACGAAAUGGACAAAAUAGGUGGCAGCAUGUCCUCGGCGUCCUGUGUCAAUGAACAGGAAGGGUCUAUAACCCACGCUCACGACCUGGAGGCACUCUCUGCCGCGUCUGGACUCAGUGCGUUCUUGGUGCUGAUCGCGCUGUCCUUCCAUACAAUAUUUGACGGUUUAGCAGUGGGGUUGCAGGGGGAAGCCACAGAAGUAUGGGAGGUCUUGAUUGCCAUCUCGAUUCACAAAAGUCUAGUUGCCUUUUGUCUUGGUCUUCAGCUUUUCAGAGCCUUUGUGCCGUACUUUAAGAAACCCUUCGCGUGUCUCUGCUUCUUUUCUUUGAUGUCGGCGAUCGGAAUAUGCACAGGCAUAGCUGUGACGUCUUCCAACCUUGACCUUGACGCACAGUCAAUGGCGUCGGGGGUUCUCCAGGGUAUUGCGUGUGGGACGUUCCUCUACGUCACGUGUUUUGAAAUACUAAGAGACGCAUUCGGCCAUGGUAAAGGCGUGAUGAAUGUCUUUGUUGCAUUGGUGGGCUUCGCAGCAAUUGCGGGCGUGAAGGCUCUUGAUCACGACUGA